AGCAGACGCUAGUAUAGUUCUAGAACUUCCUGGAAUUAUUAAAAUCUCUCUGGAUAAUUCCUGGGAUACCUCAGAAUGAGCUGGACGGUCAAAGAGAAUGGAUGAUAAAAGAUUCAACCUGUGAAAUGUGAAAGAAAAAAUAAAUCUGGAACGCAUGAAUUCAGAUACAGUUGCAUUUUGCAGUGCUGUGAAAAGGCUACUUAGCUUUAAGGUGGUGGGAAAGCUAUUCAGUUAUUUUGCAGAACCAGUUAAAACUGCCUCCAGAACCACACCUGGCCAUGCGAUGAAAGUCUCUGCAAGAGGAGUUCACUCAUUGAAUACUUUUCUGAGAAGCUGGAUCAGAUGCAUAGUUUUUGGGUGUGGAGAUCGUCACACCCUCUUUCCACCAAUCAGGUGAUUCCUUUGACAGGCACGUCCUGUUUAUUUACACUGUCGCGUGCCAAGCUAAGAAGAUGGCGUGCUGACUUUGACAAUUCUUUCUUCUCUGCGUUAUCAUUGCCGGAUGUUUUGUGUCAAAACCGUGCCAGCCCCCACGUGGGUAAACGCAGAGAUUAUCUUGAAGCGGUUAUUAUCCAACCGAAGACUGCGAUCCACCUUUACCUCCAGCUCGACGACCCGGCCGGAGAAGACGGACCAUGGCAGAAACCGGAGCGGAGCACAGCUUGCCUCUGCCCGACUGCAGUCUCCUGGGAGGAGUGGGGGAGCAGGGAGAGACCGCACCAACUCUUCCUCCGCCGCUAACGAGAUCUCCGUAGACUUUGAGCAAAGCCAGGAAGCUUAUAGGAGCAAAGACUCAUUAGAGCUACUCAGAAGUUUGGUGGUUUUCAAACUUUGUUCCUAUGACUUCCUGGUUGAUAAGAAUGAAGAGAUAAUGGAUCUUGGUAAAAAAAUUCUAGGCCAGAAGCUUUUUGAUCAGCUCAUGAAGAUGACCUUCUAUGGCCAGUUUGUUGCUGGGGAGGAUCACAUAUCCAUUAAACCUCUGAUCCAGAAGAACCAGGCCUUUGGCGUUGGCUCUGUUCUGGACUACAGUGUCGAGGAGGACAUCAGCCAGAAGGAGGAAACUCAGAAAGAGAGCUCAAGCGUUUCCGCUGGAGGGAAAGGGAGCAUAGGCGAGGGCUACAGAGAGAAAAACUACGAAGCAGGCGAGCAAUUAGGUGACAGUCAGAGAGAAGUGAUUGGAACCUGCACAUAUUUCUAUGCUGAUGAGGCCAAAUGUGACCAGCAUAUGGAGACCUUUAUGAAGUGUAUCAAAGCAUCUGGUGGGAGUUCUAUGGAUGGCUUUUCUGCAAUCAAAAUGACUGCACUUGGACGACCCCAGCUUCUGCUCCGGUUCUCAGAGGUCCUCGUGAAAUGGCAGCGAUUUUUCACGUUCCUGUCAUCACAGCAGGAUGGCAUGGAGUCCUUGGAGCAGAGGCUGGAGCUGACACAGUUGCAGGAACUGAUCAUCAAACUGGGUGCAAAAGGUGACUUCCAUGGCUGGUUUACUAGAAAGAAAGGAGACUCAGCAGGAUGCAUUGACAACCUUGAUUGGAACAGUUUACUAGAUGACAGAGUGAACACAUCAGACCUGCUUUUAGCUCCAAAUGUAAAACUGGAUAAACUGGAGCCUCUGCUGAAAAACUUCACCAUAGAGGAUGAGAAUCAGCUAAAGAGGACAUUGGAGCGCCUUGAUGUAUUGGCCAAGUGUGCCUUAGAAAACGAUGUUCGCUUAAUGGUGGAUGCAGAGCAAACCUAUUUCCAGCCAGCCAUCAGUAAACUUACACUGGAUUCACAGAAGAUCUAUAACAGGGAGAAGCCUGUUAUUUUCAACACCUACCAGUGCUACCUAAAGGAAGCAUACAAAAAUGUAACUGUGGAUGUAGAACUGUCCAGAAGGGAGGGUUGGUGUUUUGCCGCUAAGCUGGUACGUGGAGCAUACAUGUAUCAGGAGCGAGAGAGAGCGGAGGAGUUCCGAUAUGAAGACCCUAUAAACCCCAACUAUGAGUCUACUAGCACAAUGUACCACAGGUGUUUGCACUAUGUGCUGGACGAGAUUGCUCUUAACAGAAAGGCCAAUGUUAUGGUUGCCUCUCAUAAUGAGGACACAAUAAAAUACACCCUAAAAAGAAUGAAUGAGCUCGGUCUCUUACCAGCAGAGAACAAGGUGUUCUUCGGUCAACUACUGGGCAUGUGUGAUCAGAUCAGCUUCCCACUGGGCCAGGCAGGUUUUCCUGUCUACAAGUACGUCCCCUACGGGCCGGUGAGUGAGGUGAUGCCCUACUUGUCCCGACGGGCACAGGAGAACCGAGGCUUCAUGAAGGGUGCCCAAAAAGAGAGAGAGCUGCUGUGGAAGGAGUUGAAACGUCGACUUGUCUCUGGGGAGCUUCUCUACAGACCAGUGUACUGAAAACACAGAAGCAGAAACUGAGAGGAGAGUUUGUCAGCUCCUUGAGGGAUUUUUUUUUUAGCAGCAGCCGCUAUCAAACUUUCUCUCUAGCUUGAUGGCUACUGCUGCAGCUGUCUGCUCCAACUCUCUCCCUGUGCAUGUCCUGUUUUAUUAUGUUCUGUAGUUUUUCCUCUUUUUUUUUGCAGAUGAACUGCAUGGGGCUUUAUUAUUUUCACCCACCUUCAACCCAUCCAAGUCCUGUUACAGAUCCCUAUUUCUUUUUUUAUCUGCCACAACAACUAACAGAAUUCCUCAUUUUUGUCAUUGUGCUGUCUGUAGAGCUCUGGCAUCCAUCAAAUGGGCAUCUUUACUGCUCCAAAAGGACUCCCUAAAAUGUCAACAACACUAGGGUGGGCAUCCUUCGUUAUUACUCCAUUUAUCUUGGAGAGGAUAGAUAAUAAUAAAAAUAACAGACUGGAUUUAAAUUGCAGCAAAGGACACAUUUUCCGUUUUAUUUUUUAUCCACUCUAUUCCAGCCACACACUGCCAGUGAGGGCAUCCCUGUACUGUGUCUUUGUGUCUGAAAGUGUGUCGCCAGUUUGAAAACAAGACGUGUUCCUGAAUCAUUGAGAAACCUUAAACCAUAUGAUAUCCCUCAUCUCUUUAUAAUUUGCAAUUUAAAAAUGUCAAGGUUUCUAUUUUUGUGCUUGAUGGAUUCUAUGAGUGAGGUGUUGCAAGUAAAAAUGUUAUAUUGGUUAACCUUUUAUACUAGGAUCUACAAACCUGAGUUUUUUUUUUAAAUUUUCACACAAAGUUGCCUUUUCCUCAUCAGUGGGUUUUGAUAAAUUACACUGAUAUAAAUAUAUUGAAAGGAAAUCUUUUUUUUUCUGAUAUAACUUUGUAGCAAUCCAAAAUCGUUCAGUAAACAAAUGGAGCGUCUUACAAAUAAUCACAAACCUGGAACUCUUACAUUGUGUCACCUUACAAAUACAAAUUUCAAUGGAUUUGAUUUAAACCAGUUAUCAUUACUACAUUAUUGUGAAGUAGAAGGGAAAAGCAUAUGUAGUUUUCAACAUUUUUGUGUGCAUUUAUAUUAAGUUCCUUAGAAUCAAUACUUUGUACACUCAUCUUUCACUGCUGUUUCAAUUGCAGUUCGUUUGGGUUUCAUCUCUACCAGCUUUGUAGAUCUAAAGACUUCAAAUUUUUGUUAAUUUUUCUUUGACAAAUGCUUCAGACUGUAUGUCUUCACAGACAUACUGUCAAAUUGCACAGUAUAUAGACAGUAUGUGAACAACAAUUUUCAAGUGUACUCAAGAGGAUGUAGGUCAUGAAUAUGCUUUGAUGUUGCUGUAUGUCCUGAGCCGUCGUACUUAUGGAACCUCUCCCUUAGUCUUCAGUCUUUUGCAGCCUGGAACAUGUUUACUUCCAGAACUUACCUGCAUUCAUUUCCAUCAUUUGACCUGCUCUCCCAUCUCUGCUGAAGAAAACCAUUCCCACAGCAUAAUAAUUCUAGCUUUCCAAUUACACUGAGCAUUUUGCUUGUCGGGCAAAAAGUUCAGAUUUGGUCUGAACUGAUCAAAGCAACUUCUUCCACAUAUUCAGCGUAUAGCGGUACUUUCAACCGAUUCCCCCACCUGUACUGUAUUUCAAUUAACUUCUCCCAAGUUGUUCAGUUGGACAGUCAUGACUUGUGGGCUGUAUAUCUAAGACGUUUUAAGACAUUAAAUGUAUCUUAAUAAAUGUAAGAGUUUGUGUAACCCUGCAGAAACCUUUUGAAGGUUGGACUGGAUUUUAUUUAUGGCUAUCAGAGUAAAGAGACUUGAACACAAAUA